AUGUUUGGAUUAAUAACGAAAUCAUUUGGUAUAAAACCAGUCAUACAACCCAUAAGAUCUUUCCAUUAUUUAAGAAAACAAUUACCUACUGUAUUUGAACCAUUACCAAAAAGAAGAAAUGGUGAAGGUGUAAUGCCUUAUUUACAUAGACAAUUGUUAGAAAAACAUGAUCCAACAGGUAAAAGACGAGCAUUAGUUGAAAAUAGUAAAACAGGAUUACGUGCUGGUGAUAUUAUUAAAGUCACUUAUCUUGAUAGAUCUGAUGUCACUGGUCGAGUCAUUGGUAUUAAAAGAGGGUUUUUAAAUUUGGGUACUAAUAUAUUAAUUAGAACUAAAUUAAAUAAAGUUGGAUCUGAAUUGAGAAUCCCAGUUUAUAAUCCAAAUAUUAGAAAUAUUGAAGUAUUACAUAAACCUACUAGAUAUAUGCCAAGAGCUAAACAUUUUUAUAUUAGAGAACAUAAGAGAUAUGAUGUUGAUGAUGUUGAAGCAUUUGUUAAAAAACAAUUUGGAGAAGGAAGAAAGAAUACAAAAUCUAAAAAAUAG